GAUGGCGCUGGUGUGUCGGUUGUUGUUGUUGGUGGCACUCAGGUCUCACUGUGGGGUCCGGGGGUGUUGUGUGUUGUGACCACCAGCUGCUGGCACCGAGGCAGAGCAGUGCUGCUGUAUAGAGAAAUGUUAUCCUUAUACAAACGAAAUUGCUCACUUAUGCUAGAAAGAUGUUGCAUGGAGUUUUUACCAGUGUGUGGAUGUUCAUCUGUGUCUGGGAGCAGCACUGAGCCGAGUGAGAGGCCUAAUAUGCUUCCCAAGCAGGGAAAACAAAAGAGAAGGGAGGUGGAUCAUAAGGAAGCACUUAUUGAUCCACAAGAAGUAAAGUGUGAUUGCAUUGGCCCAGCAGACCGUCAUUCUAACUUAAGGAUCACCCAGUUUUAUAUCCCGCCCAGUGAGACUCCCCUGCAGCGACAGUACCGAGAGGCACGGACUGAAACACAAGGAUGGAACCAGAGUUUUUGGAGCGAUCACAAUGCAAAUUUUAAGAGGAUGAAGGAAGAGUUCAUUCAGGUGCGUUUAAAGGAAAAAUAUGGAGAUAACAUUAAGGAACGCAAGACUCUGUCAGCAGAUGACAUGUCAGAAUUCUAUAAGAGAUUUCUAGAUGAUAAUAAAGAUUUACACAAACAGUAUAACCGAGAGUGGUACAAGAAGAAUGCUAAUAACGUUCUCCUUGCAGCGAGAGUUUGGUUUCAACAAAGAGUGAACACGAGAAGGUGAACACGGUAUGAAGAAGAUUUGUUGUGUAAAAUAGGAUAUGUACCAUGAACAGAGUUUAGUGACAUAAUUAAUAUGAAAAUUCCACAUCGUUUUUCACAGUUGUUACCGAGAUGAAAAGAUGAACAAUGACUAAAUUUACUGAAGUAACUGAACACUUGCACUGGUAAUUUUUGUCUUUAUUAAUCAUGACCUUAUGUAAUAUCUAUAUGCACUUGUAGUCCAAGUUAUUAACAAGUCAAAAUAGGUUGUCGUGUGUGACUAAUAGAUUUCCUGCUUUUUCAAGUUCUCUAUGUUGUUGUACCUAGAUACAGCCAUUGUGUGCAUGUACAAUAAGGAUAUUUUGCUCUUCAUGUCUCUUGAAUGAAUUAGAAUAAGCCACUGGGCAUGGUGACUGAGACAAACAUGGCGAGAAGGAACAGGUUUCACCGGUGUGUUGUGUGCGGCACAAAUAAAAACGACAAUAAAGA